AUGUCCUCUGUAAAAAUUGAUCAAGAUUACAAAAGUAACGUAAAUUUUAGCAUUAAAUAUAGCCGUCGUAUUUCAAAAAUGAUCGGCUUGUGGCCUACUUUCGAUAAAGUUUCAACAAUACACAAAUAUCUUCGACUGUUAUAUAAUACCAUUUGUUAUUGUUUGUUAAUGUUUAUCAUUGUACUUGGAUGGAUGUACAUAGCUUUCGAAGUGAAAAACAUAUACGACGGAUUAAAAUUCGUUAGUCUAAUGAGUUUCUGCAUGUUAUCGAUCACAAAGUAUCAUUUGAUAAACAUUCACAAAGAUGAUGUUCGCGAGUGUGUCAAACGUAUGGAAUGGGAUUGGAAAAAUAUAUCUUAUUCACAAGAUAGAGAAAUUAUGCUAAUGAACGCAAAUUUUGGAAAGAGAUUGAUCAUUGUUACCACCACUGUCACGUACAGUGGUUUUGUCUUUUUUUAUAUAGCUAUACCGAUGAAGAUUGGAAAAAUUCCGGCACAAGAUGCUAAUAUUACUUUCAUACCCACGAUGUUUCCUUUCCCGAAGUAUAUUGCUGAUGUUCGAUACAGUCCAGUAAACGAAAUUGUAUUUUUCUUUCAAUUUAUGUGUGGUUUCUUGGUGCAUGGUGUGACAUCAUCAGCUUGCAGUUUGGCUGCCAUAUUUACAGUUCACGUUUGUGGCCAGAUACAGGUGAUGAUGAUCUGGCUGGAACAUUUGAUAGAAGGUCGAUUAGACAUGUGUUAUAACAUCGAUCAGCGAAUCGCCAAGAUCGUGAGUCAACAUGUUCGAAUAUUGAAAUUUUUAUCACUUAUUGAAAAAAUUCUUCAACAAGUAUCUUACAUGGAAUUUUUAGAAUGUACAGUAAAUGUUUGUCUUCUUGGAUAUUGUGCCAUCAUGGAGUGGGAAUCGAAUCAUCUAACAGAAGUCGCAACAUAUAUUAUGAUACUUAUAACGAUUAUAUUCAAUAUUUUUAUAUUUUGUUACAUAGGGGAACUUUUGGCAGAUCAGUCUAGGAAAAUAGGAGAAGUAACGUACAUGAUUGAAUGGUACCGAUUAUCCGGAAAGAAAAAGCUAUGCUGCGUAUUGAUAAUUGCAAUGUCCAAUUCAUCUAUGAAAUUAACAGCUGGAAAUUUAAUCGAAUUAUCAAUGAGUACUUUCUCUGAUGUAAUUAAAACAUCGUUUGCUUUCUUAAAUGUAUUGCGAACAUUAACUUAA